AUGGCGGCCCCGCUGGCGGCUCCGGGCGGCACCGGGGCGGCCGCGGCGGCGGCUCCGGGGCGGGGGGGGCGCGGGCCGGCGCUGCGGGAGGGGGCGCGGGUGUCGGCGCUGUGCCUGGCCUGGUACGGGCUGAGCGCGGGCGGGAACGUGGUGAACAAGCUGCUGCUCGGCGGCUUCCCGCGGCCCGUCACCGUCUCCUUGUUCCACAUCCUGGGGCUCUGCGGGCUCCUGCCGCCGCUGCUGCGCGCAUGGCGGGUGCCGCCCGCCGGCCCGGCCCAGCUGCCGCCCCGCGCCUACCCCCGCUACAUCCUCCCGCUCGCCUUCGGCAAGUACUUCGCGUCCGUGUCCGCGCACGUCUCGCUCUGGAGGGUCCCGGUCUCCUACGCGCACACAGUCAAAGCGACGAUGCCGAUCUGGGUGGUUCUUCUGUCGCGGAUCAUUAUGAAGGAGAAGCAGACGACGAAGGUGUACUUGUCUCUGAUCCCCAUAAUAACCGGUGUCCUGUUGGCCACUGUCACAGAGCUUUCCUUUGACAUGUGGGGGCUCAUCAGUGCGCUUGCUGCUACGCUGUGCUUCUCACUUCAGAACAUCUUCUCAAAGAAGGUGUUAAGAGACUCCCGAAUACAUCAUCUCCGAUUGCUGAACAUACUCGGGUGCCAUGCUGUGUUCUUCAUGAUCCCAACGUGGGUUUUGGUAGAUCUUUCUUCCUUCUUAGUAGAGAAUGACUUGAGCACGAUGUCUCACUGGUCCUGGACCUUGAUGCUGCUUAUUAUCAGUGGAUUCUGUAACUUUGCCCAGAACGUCAUUGCCUUCAGUAUCCUGAACCUGAUCAGCCCGCUAAGUUACUCGGUCGCAAAUGCCACCAAACGAAUCAUGGUCAUCACAGUGUCCCUUAUAAUGCUUCGCAAUCCAGUUACGAGCACCAACGUCCUUGGGAUGAUGACAGCCAUCCUGGGGGUCUUCUUGUAUAACAAGACCAAAUACGAUGCAAACCAAGAAGCAAAGAAGCAGUUACUUCCAGUUACAACUGGAGACCUUGUGAACCUAGACCGGCAUCGGAACACUCCCGAGAAGUCUCAGAAUGGACUUACUGCAUUUGCACCACACGGAGACUAUCAGUAUGGUCGAACCAAUAUCCUAACAGACCACUUCCAGUAUAGCCGGCAAAACUAUCCAACCACCUACAACUUAAAUCGUUUUGAUAUAUAGAGUCCUGGCAAACAGGUAUAGACUGUGAUAUCAGAGUGUCCCCAGCAUUAUCAGAAACUUUUUAGUACAUCCAUGAAUGUAAAGCCAUUUUAUUGUACAGGUUUUGCAGAAGGGAAGAUGCAUGUGUAGUGAAAGCGGUACAGACCUUCAACUUCUGCUGAGCAGAGCUUGGACAUGAAACAGCUCCAUCUGACACUGGAACUAAACACGCGGUGUAGCUUUUGUACAGAGAUCCUGGUGAAAGCACGUAUGUAACUUCAGAGUAAAAUACCUGCUGUUGCUGCUCCUUUUCAGAGUCUGUCAACUGAUGAUUCUUUUGGCAGCUGAAUUGUGGCCAGUAUUUUCUUUCCAUGCUGGUAACGUCACCUUUAAUUUGUUCUCUGAUACAUUUUAGUGAUACUUUUAAUGAAACUUUCAAAAAGAAGUGGAACUUCUGGUUAGCAGGAUUUGUCUGUUUGAGGAGGAUCGACUCAGUUGCAGGUAGGGUAGGCCUGAAUUCACUUGAGCAACUACCAAACUUCAUGAGGGUAUUAACUACUUCUGCACCUCUGCCUUCUGCUUUUGAUGGUGAACCAGAAGUGUUUCUGAAAGAGUUGGCAGUAGAAUGAUCUCUUCAGAAAGCAGGCUUGAGGCACAGAGAAACAGAAUUCUCUAAAAUCACAGUUGUCCCACUCACUGUAGAUAACAGACAGAGCUUAAAUUCAUCAUUGUUUCCUGAAUAAUGUCAUACUGUAACUUCAGAACUUUCUCUUGGCAAUACAGAAAACGCCUUCACAAAUAAAGUGUUUGGAGUAAGAUGA